GGGACGCGAUGGAGGAAGGAGGCACCGGGCCGGGCGCCGAGGAGCUCCUCGCUUCGCCUCCCCCUCCUCCGCCUCCUCCUCCUCUUCCUCCGCCACCGCCGCUGAGCCUCCAGAAAGCGCUGCAGCAGUGCGAGCUGGUCCAAAACAUGAUCGACAUCAGCAUCUCCAACCUGGAGGGGCUCCGCACCAAAUGCGCCACCUCCAACGACCUCACCCAGAAGGAGAUCCGCACCUUGGAGAGCAAGCUGGUGAAAUAUUUCAGCCGUCAGCUCUCUUGUAAACGGAAGGUGGCCCUGCAGGAACGCAAUGCCAAGCUGGAGGGUUUCCCGCAGCUUCUGCACUGGUUCCGCAUUGUCAACAUCCGAAAGGAGGUCAUGGAGGAAAUCACUCCUGGCCAUUUGAGCCUUGAGGACCUUCUGGAAAUGACGGAUGAACAGGUCUGUGAGACAGUGGAGAAGUUUGGGGCCAACAGGGAGGAAUGUGCUCGACUCAAUGCCUCCCUCUCCUGCCUCAGGAGUGUCCAUAAAUCAGGAGGUAGUCUUUCCAAGCAAGACUGGACCAUUCAGUGGCCAACAACAACUGAGACCGGCAAGGAGAAUAACCCCAUGUGCCAAACGGAAACCAUGCAGUGGAUCCGAACUCAUCUUUCUCCAAGCCCCAAAGCUCAGUCAAAGUGCAUUCAGCAUUACUGCCACCCGACCUUGUCACAUGGACCGGCGUAUACUCAUGUGGAGAGACUGACUGUGGAAGGCUUUCCAGGGCUGUGUCCCCCACUGGAAUCUGGCCACCGUUCCUUGCCCCCCUCCCCACGUCAGAGGCAUGCUGCCCGUACUCCACCACGCACCCCAAAUAUUGUCACCACCAUGACUCCACCUGGCACCCCACCAAUCCGGAGGAGGAACAAGGUGAAACCACCAGGCACACCACCACCCUCAUCUCGAAAACUGAUCCACUUGUUCCCAGGCUUCACAGCUUUACAUCGCAGCAAAUCCCAUGAAUUCCAGCUAGGCAAUCGGGUGGAGGAGGCUCACACACCUAAAACGAAGAAAAAAAACAAGCCUCUGAACCUCAAGAUCCACAACAGCGUGGGGAGCUGCGAAAACAUUCCUGCCCAGCGCUCUCCUCUCCUUUCAGAACGGUCUCUGCGAUCUUUCUUUGUUGGACAUCCACCUUUCCUUCCUUCUACCCCUCCUGUCCACACAGAUGGCACCUUCUCAACAAAUACACUCUCAGUACCUCGCUGGUCCCCCCAAAUUCCCCGACGGGAUCUAGGCAACUCAAUCAAACACAGGUUUUCCACCAAGUAUUGGAUGUCUCAGACAUGUACCGUUUGUGGGAAAGGAAUGUUGUUUGGACUGAAAUGUAAAAACUGCAAGCUAAAGUGCCACAACAAAUGCACCAAAGAGGCCCCACCUUGUCACCUGUUGAUCAUCCACCGUGGAGCAAGAUUAGUCCGGACAGAAUCUGUGCCAUGUGAUAUUAACAAUCCAUUACGAAAGCCCCCCAGAUAUUCAGAUCUGCACAUCAGCCAGACCCUUCCCAAAACCAACAAAAUCAACAAGGAUCACAUUCCAGUACCCUAUCAGCCUGAUUCCAGCAGCAAUCCCUCCUCGACAACAUCAUCCACCCCUUCCUCGCCAGCUCCUCCACUGCCACCCAGCGCCACACCGCCUUCUCCCAUGCACCCCUCCCCACAGUGUACGCGGCAACAGAAGCAGUUCAACUUGCCAGCUUCCCAGUACUACAAGUACAAACAGCAGUUCAUCUUCCCAGAUGUUGUGCCUGAGACGCCCACUCGAGCACCCCAAGUUGUCCUCCAUCCAGUGAAUUCUAACCCCAUCCUGGAAGGAAAUCCAUUACUUCAAAUUGAAGUGGAGCCAACCUCCGAGAACGAACAGGGAAAUGAUGAGGAAUCAGAGGAUGAUUUUGAGGAGAUGAACCUCUCUCUCCUCUCUGCCCGCAACUUCCCACGCAAAGCCAGCCAGACCAGCAUCUUCUUGCAAGAGUGGGACAUCCCCUUUGAGCAGCUGGAGAUUGGCGAGCUGAUUGGCAAGGGCCGCUUUGGACAGGUGUUUCAUGGCCGCUGGCACGGUGAGGUGGCCAUCCGCCUCAUUGACAUUGAGCGGGACAAUGAAGAUCAACUGAAAGCCUUCAAGAGGGAAGUCAUGGCCUACAGGCAGACACGACACGAGAAUGUGGUACUGUUCAUGGGUGCUUGCAUGAGCCCUCCUCAUCUUGCUAUCAUCACCAGCUUGUGCAAAGGACGGACACUCUACUCAGUGGUGAGAGAUGCCAAAAUCAUUCUGGAUGUCAACAAAACAAGGCAGAUCGCUCAAGAGAUUGUGAAGGGCAUGGGCUAUCUACACGCCAAGGGGAUUCUCCACAAAGAUCUGAAAUCUAAAAACGUUUUCUAUGACAACGGGAAGGUGGUGAUCACAGACUUUGGCCUCUUCAGCAUAUCAGGUGUUCUGCAAGCAGGCAGAAGAGAGGAUAAACUGCGGAUCCAGAAUGGCUGGUUGUGCCAUUUGGCUCCAGAGAUCAUCCACCAACUCUCACCUGAUACAGAAGAAGACAAGCUGCCUUUCUCCAAGCACUCAGAUGUCUUUGCAUUUGGCACCCUCUGGUAUGAGCUGCAUGCCCGGGAAUGGCCCUUCAAGAUCCAACCAGCCGAGGCAAUAAUUUGGCAAGUGGGCCGAGGGAUGAAGCCGAACCUCAGUCAGAUUGGCAUGGGGAAAGAGAUCUCGGACAUUCUACUCUUUUGCUGGGCCUAUGAACAGGAGGAACGACCAACCUUCACAAAGCUCAUGGAGAUGCUGGAGAAACUGCCAAAGCGGAACCGUCGCCUUUCCCACCCUGGCCACUUCUGGAAGUCAGCAGAGUAA